AUGACAGAUAUAGAGAGUCAACAAAUCAGGCGCAAAAAGACGAAAAGAGCAUGUAAUCACUGCCAUAAGGCACACAUGACGUGUGACACGGGCAGACCUUGUCAGCGAUGUGUGCAGCGAGGUCUUGCUGGCAGCUGUGAGGAUGCGCCUAGAAAGAAAAAGAAGUACUUGGCGGAUGUCCCACCUACAGUCUUAUCACAAGCUCACUAUCAAUCAACGGCACUUCAACCUAGCAACACUACACCUGCAAGUUAUGUUGGCACUGGAAAUGACAAUAAUAAUAAUAAUAAUAAUAGUAUUAAUAAUAAUAACAGUCAUAGUACGGACAACACAAUCGGUUCGUUGGUACCUAGAAGAUCUCAAAGUCAUGAUAUUGUCAUGGGAGGACUGGGAUUUCCAAAUCAUCAACUAUUUCAACAAACCCCAUCACUCCCACCACCAAUUACAUCGAAUUUAAAUCAGUUGGGUGCGCCAGUGACGAUUCCUGGAACUCAGCAUGGUACAAUACCACCCAUUGUCGCUCGAUCAUUAUCUCACUCUGUAUUACCUACAACUACGGUUGUAUCUCAUGACCUUAAUAAUGAUACUGUAAAACAAAGAAAAAGCAAUUUCCUUUCCUCGGCAGCAGAUCUUGAAUAUUCUACACUUUCAAGCAUUCUUCAAGAUAACUUCAUGCAUACAAACCAUUCGACAUCCACUGAAGCCACUCCUAAUUCUGUGAUUUCUCCAGUAGUAUCUCCUCAAGUAAAACCCAAGGUUGAAUCUAAUAGUGUGGAUGGAUUUGGUCAAUUAUAUCCUCAUGGACAAAGAUCGCCAUAUUUUUCAGGGUCUCCAUCUCCAACAACAAAUGGGAAUCAUCAUAAUAUUACUAAUGGGGAAAAUAAUGUUAAUCAUACUAAUAUUACCAACCCUUCAUUAUUGAACCCUUCAAAGACAGUUAUUCCCAGGAAAUCUAAUAAUGGGAGAGAAAUUACUAGUACCUAUACAUCACAUCUUAAAUGUGAUGAAAGUAUUAAUCAAUAUAUUUUGGGUCCAACUGGUUCAGAAGAAUUACAAAUGUAUCCUGAUAUCAUUAAUGCAAUUGAACAAAUGAAACAAAAUGAUCCUUCAGUUUAUCAUGAAAAGAAUAAGAGACUGGCACUUUCAUUUGCAGUUGGAGUGAUUUCAAAUCAAAGUCAAUAUAAAGAAACAACUGAUACUGAGAAUAGUAUGAAUAAUUUGGCAUUUAAAGAACCUGAAGAAAUAUAUGAAAAAGUAAAGAAACCAUUUUCUUAUACACCUGGAUAUCAUUUACUUAUUGCAUAUUUAAGGAAAAGAUUCCCUAAGGAAAUGUUGGUGAAAAUGGCAGAAUCAAUGGCAGUAUAUAGACCUUCAUUUAUUGCCACUACAAACUUAUUAAAGGAAGGAGAUUUAAUUUUCAUGGAACAAUGUUUCCAAAGAACACUUCUUACUUAUGAUAAUUUUAUUAGUGUUAGUGGUACACCAACCAUUGUUUGGAGAAGAACUGGUGAAAUUGCAUAUGUUGGUAAUGAAUUCUGUAUGUUAACUGGUUGGCCACGAGAAAUGUUAAUGUCUAAAAAGAAAACAUUUAUUGUUGAAUUACUUGAUGAUAAAUCAGUUUUAGAAUAUUUCCAACUUUUUCUGCAUAUUGCCUUUGGUGAUUUCUUGGGGGCUACAAUGACUGAAUGUACUCUUCUUACUCCUAAGAAAGACGUUAAGAUUAGAACAGGAUGUAUGUGGACAUUGAAACGUGAUGUAUUUGGUAUUCCCAUGAUGAUUAUUGGGAAUUUUCUACCAAUUUUAUAA